CCUGUCUGACGUCAUUUUCACUCUUCACGGAAGCAAUCGGCGCCGAUAUGAUGGGUGCUUCGCCAGUUUAGCAGCAGGAAGAGGAUGUCUGCUUUAAAUGAAGGACUAAUACCACCUGAAAAUAAGACCAUUUGUUAACGGAAUAGGCCGCUAGAGAGUGUUUCUGUUGAGUCUGCACGGAUUUCGGCCGUUCAUUUCCUGUUCAAGAAGCGGCUCGAAAACGGACGCCAGAUAAUAAAAUGUCCCUGUUUCAGUCGGCACUUGAUUUCCUAGCCGGGCCCGGCUCGUCCGGAGGGGCCAGCCGGGACCAGAAUGACUUCGUCGGACAAGUUGUUGAGCUCGGUGACAUGAAACUGCGGAUAAAACGUGUGAUCGCUGAAGGUGGAUUUGCUUUUGUGUAUGAAGCCCAGGACAUGAGCAGUGGGAAAGACUAUGCUCUCAAGAGGCUGCUGUCCAAUGAGGAGGAGAAGAACAAGGAAAUAAUACAGGAAGUCUGCUUCAUGAAAAAGCUAUCAGGCCAUCCAAACAUGGUUCAGUUCUCCUCGGCUGCAUCAAUCAGUAAGGAGGAGUCAGACACCGGGCAGGCAGAGUUUUUGAUCCUCACCGAGUUGUGUAAAGGUCAGCUGGUGGACUUCAUAAAGCGUGUGGAGCAAAGAGCUCCUAUGUCAUGUGACACUGUGCUGAAAAUCUUCUACCAGGCGUGUCGUGCUGUGCAGCACAUGCACAAACAGAAACCUCCAGUCAUCCACAGAGACCUAAAGAUUGAGAACCUCUUGAUUAGUAACCAGGGCACCAUCAAGCUGUGUGACUUUGGAAGCUCCACCACAGUGUCACAUUAUCCCGACUACAGCUGGUCUGCACAGAAGAGGUCCAUGGUGGAGGAUGAGAUUACAAGAAACACCACUCCAGCUUACAGAACACCGGAGAUGAUUGAUCUGUACUCUAACUUUCCCAUCAACGAGAAACAAGACAUCUGGGCUCUUGGAUGCAUCCUCUACCUGUUGUGUUUUAAGCAGCAUCCAUUUGAGGAUGGAGCCAAACUGCAGAUAGUCAAUGGAAAAUACUCCAUCCCUCAGAAUGAUGUCAAAUACACUGUGUUUCAUGACCUUAUACGUUCCAUGUUGAAGGUGAACCCUGAUGAGAGGCUGUCUAUUACAGAGUUGGUCAACCAGCUGCAGGAGAUCGCAGCUGCUCGCAACGUCAACCCCAAGUCUCCAGUUACAGAACUGCUGGAGCAGAACGGAGGAUUCGGAAACAACGGCGCACAGCCACCCAUGCAGAUCCAGAGUGUCCACAACAAUGCAGGAGUGUAUGAUCCCGAUCAAGCAGGAAGUGGCUUCCUGGAUCUCUUGAGGGGAGGAACCGAACGCUUCCUGACCAACAUUAAAGAUACAUCCUCUAAAGUCAUCCAAUCAGUAGCCAGCAACCCGAGCUAUGCCAAAGGAGACCUGGAUAUUUCUUACAUCACCUCCAGAAUAGCAGUGAUGUCUUUCCCAGCAGAAGGGGUGGAGUCUGCAAUAAAGAACAACAUUGAGGAUGUUCGUCUGUUCCUGGAUUCACGUCAUGCCGGCCACUACGCUGUGUACAACCUCUCUCGACGAUCCUACAGGCCUUCUCGAUUCCACAACAGGGUUUCAGAGUGUAACUGGCAGGUGCGCCGUGCCCCCAACCUCCGCAGUCUCUACAGCGUAUGCAAGAACAUGCAUCUAUGGCUCAAACAGGACCAGAGGAACAUCUGUAUAGUUCACUGUCUGGACGGCCGAGCAGCGUCAGCAGUGGCCGUUUGCUCUUUCCUAUGUUUCUGUCGCCUUUUCACUACAGCUGAGGCGGCUGUCUACAUGUUCUCUAUGAAACGCUGCCCGCCGGGCAUAUCCCCCUCACACAAGAGGUACAUAGAGUAUAUGUGCGACAUGAUGGCAGAAGAGCCCAUAAUUCCUCAUAGCAAGCCUGUAAUCAUUCAUUCCAUCAUCAUGACACCAGUGCCACUGUUCAACAAGCAACGCAAUGGGUGCAGGCCGUUCUGUGAAGUCUAUGUCAGAGACGAGAGGGUCCUCACAACCUCGCAGGAAUAUGACGGGAUGAAGGAUUUUAAGAUGGAAGAUGGUAGAGCACAGAUUCCCCUCAAUGUUACAGUUCAAGGAGAUGUACUUGUGGUGAUCUAUCACGCUAGAUCUACGCUGGGUGGACGUCUCCAGGCGAAGAUGGCUUCAAUGAAAAUGUUUCAGAUCCAGUUUCACACUGGCUUCAUUCCAAGAAAUGCAACUACUGUGAAGUUUGCAAAGUAUGAUUUGGACGCCUGUGACAUCCAGGAGAAGUACCCAGACCUGUUCCAGGUUAAUUUGGACAUUGAGGUGGAACCCAGAGACAGACCCAGCACCAAGACCCUUCCAUGGGAGGACUUCCAAACCAAAGGUCUUAACCCCAAAAUACUCUUUUCGUCUCGUGAUGAGCAGCAGGAAAUCCUCAGCAAAUUUGGUAAACCAGAGCUGCCUCGUCAGCCUGGUUCCUCUGCAUUUUAUGAGUCGGAGUCUCCUCCACCAGCUCAGACACCAGAUGGCGCCAAUGCGUCCGAAUCAGAAUCUCCAGUCAGCAACAAUGCCAACCCCAGCAACUUCUUCCAGACACUAGAUUGGGAAGAUGUUCAAAGUCCUCAAGAUGCUACAGACAGCUUAGGAGGCGGAUCCAUGAAUGAUCAGGAUGACCUGAGUGAUCAAUCAGAGGGAGAGUCUUACUCUGCUCCCAGCGGGGAAGCUUUAUCACAUGACCACAGUGAACAACUGUUUGAUGCUGAUUUUCAGGCAUCCCCUCCUGCACUCCAGGAAUCUGCUCGUAGUGACACAGCUGACCUCCUGGGGUUGAAUUCGGACCCUGAACCAUCUGCCAUGUCUUCAGGCUUCUCUGGUACUUCUAAUCAAGCAACCCAGGGAGGACUGAAAGCUGCGUCCAGCAACAGUGAUCUACUCAACGACUUGUUUGCACCUCCUGCUGGUCAGACAGGGGCAGUGCAAGAAGAACUGUUCUUCAGUGAGCCGACCAGUGGAGCCACACCUGACUCAAAACCCAUGGGCGACCUGUUUGAUCCAUUCGGGAUGGGGUCCGGCUCUGGUGUCGGUUCCAGUGUCGGCUCUUCUCGCCAAGCCUCCGGCCCUGACCUGUUUGGAGACUUGUUGGGCUCUGAUAGUUCAGCAACCAGCGGAUUCAGCUCAGCUCACAGUACCACCACCCCUGCAUCUAACACCAGCCUCUUCAACCUCAAUAAGAUUACAAAAGAUGGUCCUAAGAUGACUUCCUCAGCCAGCCAACCAGACCUGCUCAGUGGAUGGGACAGCUGGGCUGCUGGUACCACAGCAGGCAUCAGUACCAACACCAACAAACCCAGUUGUACCAACACAGCCACUGGUGUGUCGACCAUGUCGAAGGCAAAGUCUCAGACAUUUGAUCCUUUUGCAGACCUUGGAAGCCUGGGCUCCAACUUACCAGGCUCUUCAAGUAGUAACUUUUCAGGGACUUCAUUUGGCUCCAAGACUCCUUCUUCCUCCACCCCUUCCUCUGCUAAGCCUCAAGCACAGGCCUGGCAGUCUGGAAGACCCACCUCAGCUCAGACCAAACCUUGGAUGUCUGGACCUGGAUCAACACCUAAAGGCUCUUCAGCAUCUCAACCUGUAGGCACUCAACCCUCUAAACCCAACUACAACCUCAAUUUCUCUAGUGUCAUUGGUGGGAGGGAAGAGAGAGGAGUCCGUGGGCCUGUCUUUGGCUCCAAACCAAAGGUGAAAGAGGAUGAUUUUGAGGAACUCCUUUCCACUCAGGGUUUUGCAUCCAAGCCUGAUAAAAAGGGACCAAGGACCAUUGCUGAAAUGAGGAAACAAGAGAUCGCAAAAGACAUGGAUCCCCUUAAGUUACAGAUUUUGGAGUGGAUCGAGGGGAAGGAGCGAAACAUCAGAGCACUGCUUUCAACUCUGCAUACAGUAUUGUGGGAGGGGGAAACCCGCUGGAAGCCUGUGGGCAUGGCUGACCUUGUGACACCUGACCACGUCAAGAAAUUCUACAGGAAGGCAGUGUUAGUUGUCCAUCCAGAUAAGGCUACAGGUCAGCCUUACGAACAGUACGCUAAGAUGAUCUUCAUGGAACUGAGUGACGCCUGGUCAGAGUUUGAAAACCAGGGAUCCAAAGCUCUCUUCUAAAACCUCGGCCUGGACCACUACUAAACCCGACCCGACUGCACUGGACUUUAUUUGGCCCAACCAAACGAGGGUUUGACUGGGCCAGAUUGGACAGGGCUGAGCCCACAUUGGGCCAUAAAGGGCGCGGAGCCUCUGAGAGGUGUCCUCUCUAUAAUUCCCUUCUUCCUUCUUUACCUUCUUGUCUUUCUACAGUUAAAAGCAAAGAGCUUCUUGCCUCACGUCUUGCUGUGAUGAAAAAAAUUCUAAUUCUUGUUCUUACACAGAGGGUUUAAUAAACAUUGAGAUGGUUUUUAAACUCACUGCCUACCUGUGUGACUGCCUGAGUGUUGCUGCAAACAGUGGGAGGGAGGAGUAGCUCACAAUUAGGCAAAGAAUUUAAGAAAAGAUUUGAUUUGGCAGAUUAACAGAAAGAAAUGACCUGUUUUGGUUUAUUGGUGAUAAAAAUUUUAUUUAUGCUUUGCACGUUUGCAGCCAAUCUUGUAGUUUACUGGCAAAUAAAAGUGAUCAUCGCUGUUCAUUUCUCAGCUUAGCAGCCUAUUUAAAAGUUUUCAAAAUAUUGUUUGUGAUGUUUAGACCUGCUGCCUGAGAUGCAAGCAUUGAGGAACACACAAACUGUUUGAGAAAAUCCGAAAAGUCUUUAUGAAUCUUUAAAUGAAAACCUUUGCUGCUCUGUUUUGGGUCACAACUUGAAUUUUCGUGAGCCAGAAAGUCAGACACUUUACCUACUGAACACUACUUGUGCUGCCUGAUACCUGAUACUGCUGCAGCAGAUGGAAGUUUAAAAAAUAUGCAGGCCUCAAACAUGUUUCCCACACAAAUCCAGUCAGGCGUUCUGUGUUUAAGUGCUCUUUGACUUCCACCUUUUAAGUGUACACUGUGUAGCAAACAGCAUGCUCUCCUACACCAAACCUGUCAACAACAGGUGGACGACUUUGUUUCCUAACUAGGGACAUUUGAAUGGGCAGAUCAUUUUUUUCUAAAGUGCUCUUUUUCUUGUAGCAAGAACAGGAAAGAUGAUGCCAACAUUGUACUUGGUGACAGACCUCUCACCCUUUGACAUUAAGCUUCUCCUCCUCCAUCAUCACCAUCAUUCAUGUUUCUAUGGACCAGGCUUUUUGUCCUUUAAGCUCUUCUCACUUUAAGCACAGUUUACAGGCAACUACAGUUCAGAAAAGUGAUGGAUUGAAAAGGAAAUGUGAUGGUCUGUUCUGGUUUCAUCCUGGUUUUAUGGGGUGGGGUGUUUGUUUUCUCCCUCUUUGUAUUAAACUGUUUCAGUUAAAAUAUCACUUCUAUGUAAAUAUAAGAAUAUUAUCAUCCAUCAAGUGGCUUAAUGAAGUUUCCAGCUUGAGGGGUUAUUUUGUUUUUAAGCCUCAGGCUGAAUGUUUUUGUGUGUGUGACAAAUAAUGCAGCUUUAUUGGGCAUCAUUCUCUAUAGCUAAUUAUCAUUUUUUUGUGUCAAAUCUUUCCAACUCUUCUUUCAUUCACAUUUUCCUCAUGAACCAAUCAGAUCUCUUUUUUCAUAUUUAUUAUUGCGUUUUAUGAAAGUGUUUAGGGAAAACGAUGCAUUCAUACAAGUGGGUAUUCAUUUAUAUUAGUGGAAGGUUUGGAACGAAAAUCGGACAGUUGUUGGUUGAUCAGAGAGCCGCCAUUGUUUUCAUUCCAAUGCAUCACAUGUUAAUACGAAUGUGCUUUUAUAAGUGUAUAUCCUGUCUGUUGUUUCCUACCUAGAUCUGUAACUCUUAUCCUUUUGGGUAUUCAGUCCUUUUAUGUCACAAAUUACUUUUUUCCCCUUUAAAUUUAGAGGUGAAAGUGUUGAUUCUGUUUUGUUUCUAAUGUUUUGUAAAAUAAAAGAAAAUGCCCACAGAAGGGGACAGCAAACCUAAAUAACUGAUGCUAAAUUCUUUUUUGUUUUUUUUGUUUUUGGACGGUCGGACAAUAUAAAGCUGAAGAAUGGCAAAAAACAACACUUGACAGUGUUAACUGUACCAAAUUACACCAUGCUAAUAUGAAUGUAAAUUUAAAUGUAAAAAGUAAUUAAAAAAAGACAUUUGAUCUGGGA